AUGAGCUCCGGUUUGCUGCAACCCUCCGAACGCGAUUCGCUGCUGGGUCAGCGUUCCCUUUCUGGAUUAUCUGGACAUGAUCAUGUCGACCAUGGCAAUCACCAUCAUCACCCCAAGGAUAAUCGUGCCUGGGUUCGAUGGCCCCUGCAAGUCGUCCGCUUGACUUGGUUGACGCUGGUUCGUGACUACGUCAAUGUGCUUCUCAUCUUUGUUCCCUUAGGUAUCGUGGCUGGAGCGCUCGAAUGGGAUUCUACUGCCAUCUUCGUUCUCAAUUUCUUUGCUAUCAUUCCGCUUGCUUCCCUGUUGAGCUUUGCUACCGAGGAGUUGGCAGCUACAAUGGGUCAGGCCCUUGGAGGCCUGAUGAAUGCUACUUUUGGAAAUGCAGUAGAGCUGAUUGUCAGCAUCAUCGCUCUCAGGGAUGAGCAGAUUCGCGUGGUUCAAGCCAGUAUGCUGGGCAGUAUCCUGUCCAAUAUCCUUCUUGUACUGGGCUGUUGUUUCUUUGUCGGCGGCCUCCGCUAUCCGGAACAAUCUUUCAACAGCACUGUGGCAUCCACCAUGUCCUCCUUGAUGGCAGUUGCAUCCGCCUCCCUCAUUAUUCCGGCCACCCUCUACGCUGCUAUGUCCAAGUCCUCAGAGGACGCCGAAAGUAACGUCCUGAUUUUGUCGCACGGCACUGCAAUUAUUCUGCUCAUCAUCUAUGUGAUGUACCUUUACUUCCAACUGAAAUCUCACGCCAACCUGUUCGAGGAGAGCAAUGGGAGUGAUGCUGAGAACGGAGACGUGGAAGAGGAAGCAGAGGAACGGCUCCUGAGCCCCUGGGCUGCGACUGUUGCCCUGAUUGUUGUCACUAUUCUGGUUGCAAUCUGUGCGGACUACUUGGUCGGCAGCAUUGACAGCAUUGUGCAAAAGACUGGCAUGAGCAAGACUUUCAUUGGUCUGGUGCUGAUCCCGAUCGUCGGCAAUGCAGCUGAACAUGUGACUGCCGUUGUGGUUGCUUACAAGAAUAAGAUGGACUUGGCUAUUGGUGUUGCGAUCGGCAGCAGCUUGCAGAUUGCCCUUUUCGUCACUCCCUUCUUGGUCAUUCUGGGAUGGAUCAUGGAUAGUAAGAUGUCAUUGCACUUCCAGAUUUUUGAGACUGUCGCUUUCUUCAUCUCUGGUCUGGUCGUCACUCUGUUGAUUCAGGACGGCAAGUCGAAUUAUCUCGAGGGUGUCAUGUGCUUGGGAAUGUACGUUAUUCUUGCUCUUGCAUUCUACGUCUAUCCCGAUGAUGUCUCCGAUGCCACCGGCAUCUUCAGCAGUCUCCUCAACUGA